UGUGAAACGAGGAGGAAGACAUUAGGCCAAGAGAAAUGGCGACUUCGUGAAAUGUCGUGAGGGGUGACUGGAAUGGACACGACCCAGUUGUGAUAUUUUUUUCUAAUUGGAUUAAUUAGCAUUUAGUUUGGAUAUAUGUGAACAAACUUUCAUAUAUAAGAUUCAAAAAUGGCGGCAAAUAUGUAUCGAGUCGGAGAUUAUGUCUUCUUUGAAACUGCAUCAACGGCUCCCUACCAGAUACGAAGGAUAGAAGAAUUAAAUAAGACACCAAAUGGCAAUGUGGAAGCAAAGGUUAUGUGCUUUUACAGACGAAGAGAUAUUUCAAGUUCAUUAACACUACUUGCUGAUAAGCACCAAAUUUUUGCAGAUGGUACACUGGACGAUGAUACAGAAAAAGAGGAGCAAGAUGGGGAGAUCUCAGACAAACAAAGACACCAGCUGAAACAUAGGGAGCUGUUCCUGUCCCGACAAGUAGAAACCUUGCCAGCCACACAUAUACGGGGAAAAUGUACAGUCACUUUACUGAAUGAAACAGAGUCAAUGACAUCCUACUUAGACAGAGAGGAUAUGUUCUUCUAUUCCCUGGUGUAUGACCCACAACAGAAAACAUUACUGGCAGAUAAAGGUGAAAUCAGGGUGGGACCUAAAUACCAAUGUGAUAUUCAACCAUUAUUAAAAGAUGGUGAAACAGAUGGCCGUAACAUGGAGGAGUUAGAGAAAUUAAUAUGGGACCCGGAAUGUAAACUUUCUGACAAAAAUAUAGACCAGUUCCUUGUUAUAGCGAGGUCAGUAGGAACGUUUGCACGUGCACUGGACUGCACAAGUACUGUGCGUCAGCCUAGUCUUCACAUGAGCUCUGCUGCAGCAAGCAGAGAUAUAACACUGUUCAAUGCAAUGCACACAUUACACGGUAGUGGAUAUGAUAUAGGGAAAGCUAUUGGUAGCCUUGUGCCACCAGGUGGGCCGGUCUUGUGUAGAGAUGAAAUGGAAGAAUGGUCAGCGUCUGAGGCUAACCUGUUUGAGGAAGCAUUAGACAAAUAUGGCAAAGAUUUCAAUGAUAUUAGACAAGACUUUUUACCAUGGAAAUCCUUAAAAAGUAUUAUAGAGUAUUACUAUAUGUGGAAGACUACAGAUAGAUAUGUGCAACAGAAGAGAAUUAAAGCUGCAGAAGCAGAGAGCAAACUGAAGCAAGUCUACAUUCCCAACUACAACAAGCCUAAUCCAGCCGCCAUUAAUGGCAAGAUGAAUGGUAUAGAUGGCCAGGUGUCAGGCAGGGCCUGUGAAAGCUGCUAUGCUGCCCAUUCAAGUCAGUGGUAUGCAUGGGGACCAACACAUAUGCAGUGUAGGUUGUGUUCAUCGUGUUGGAUCUACUGGAAAAAGUAUGGUGGAUUGAAGAUGCCAACACGACUAGAUGGGGAGAGGCCACCUCCUGCACAGAGACAAGAGAGAGUAGCUCACAAUAAUCUGUUACGACUACAUCGAUGUACAAUCACUGGUUGUGGAAAGGAAUUCCGAUUAAAAGCCCAUUUGGCACGGCAUUUAGCGACUGCCCAUGGACUUGCAAUACGAGCGGGCAGUCCACGUCCAGUGAUGAAAACAAGAGCAGCAUUCUGUUUAGUGACAACGCCACUUACAAGAAUCUCGAGAUAUUUAUGUAAUGAUCUUCUACGACCACGACAUGCGGCACGAUCUCCAUUUAUACCAAUAAACAUAACCACAAUAAAGACAGAAUGUCAGUCUAGACUGACAGAGAGGGGAGGUAACUACAAGCUGCCCAAACACAUGUCAACAAGGAGUCGUAUACAGCCAAUAGUUAAACGACUUGGAAUUGAUGUUAACCAGGAUAAACCGGCCAUAUUGGAGAGACCAGAUGGACCGGCAAAACAACCAGAAAAAUUAUUCUUUCCACCACUUUCACCUUCAAAACAGAAACCAUUGGAUGUUGUGAACAAGUCCCCUAAUCAAGGACCGUCUAUCAUGAGGAAAAGAGGUUAUGAAAACACAAAUGGAAUGGAUGUUGGUCCUCCUUCAAAGAGGCCCAGUAUGGGGGUUAUUCGACAACAGGCCAGUCUGGCUAUGAGACCUCAAAUACGUGGAACUUUGAUGAACCACAAUAUGAAUGGGCGAGGGAAGAUGUUACCAAAAGGUUUCCGCAUGCACAUGAUCAGUUGGAUAGAUGCCCCUGAUGAUGUUUAUUUCAUGGCUACAUCAGCAACAAAAAAAUUGCGUAAACAGCUACAUAGUCACGAGUUUAAGAGGGCGGCUAGAAACCCAUGGAGGACUCUCAGUGUUAAACCUCAGCUUGGUGAAGACAUUGUUGUCCUUGAAUGAAAUAGAACAAGAUGAUACGUUUGAGAAAAACAAGGGAUUCAGAAGUAUUUUGUGGAACAGAAUUCAAUGAAAACCAUUCAUUUGCUGAACACAACACAAAAAUGCACAGCUGUUUCAUUUAUAUGUUUACAGGGGAGUGAAACUAGUGAGGGAAGAUACUUGACUGACAGUUAAGGCUGGGCUUGCCAGAAAGUCAUUUAUAAAGCAUUGUUGACCAAUGGAUAUAAUAGAAAAAAUCAAAAUAUUUAUAAGACCUUCCUGUUUUAUAUUUGAUACAUAACAUUCAUGUAUUUAUUAUUGAUUAUUUAAUGGAAUUUCAAUUCUUGCAUACUGGACUGGACUUUUUGGUGUUUCCACCAGCACUUCUCCCUCACGUCCCAAACUUCUCCCAUUAUUAUUGGGAGAGAGAGGUCACUUCAUACAGACUUUGAACCUAUGCUGUGCUCCUUUGAAACGGCAGGACAUCAUCCCCUUUAAAUGAGCUUAGUUUAGAUACAUUAAUAAAUCAGCAAUGUAAGGAGAGUCAUUCAUUUUGUACUAUUUAUUCUACUAUAUGUAGCAUGCAGUAUGCAAGAGAACAAAAUCUUGUAACUGGAUGUGGGUGUGGAUGGGAAGUGUUAUGUUCUUUGGGUAACUUUUAUUGUCAUUACGCUGGUACAGCUUCAUUACCACAUAUAGGGUUGCUCACAAUACUGCCAUAACUCCUCAAUUGAUUAAUAGGAGUAACGGCAGUAUUGCGCUCAACCCUCGAGUCAUAAACAGUUACUCUCUCAUCCUCAUCUACAACUAGUGAAAGAUUCUUCUAUUCAGAAAUGUGAAUAUGGUAUUAACUACAUCAAAAUUGAGGCACAUCUAUGAUUAAUAUAAAGUGGAGUGCAAAUUGUGUUGAGCUGCAUGGACUUUAUCUAAUGAAAUGAAAACAGGUCUUGAUAGACAGUAAACGGAACUUCAUCUUCGGUGGUUGUGGUAAUGUAAAACAUACUACAUGCUGUCAGGAUUAAUGUAAAUAUUAAAUUUGUACAUACAGCUGUUGAGAGACUGAAGAAUAAGUGUUUAAAAUAUUGAUGUGAAUGACUGAACUUUGUAUGAACUUCAUAUCUACUGGUGCAGAAAUGUUUAAGGUGUAUUCAGUAUGAGCUCCUUUCUGUACCAGAAGUUUUGUAUGUCAUUUUUCUUGUCAAAAAUGUUUAUAAAUGAUUCUCACUAUG